CAGUUCCCUGGAUCUGGAGGGUGACCCGGCAGCCCACGUGGAUCCACACCAUGGCCACCUGCUGGCAGGGCCUGUGGGCCUAUCGCUUCUACCUGAUUGUAUUCUUCCUACCCAUUAUCCUGCUGCCUCUGCCCAUCCUCAUCCCGACUAAGGAAGCCUACUGUGCCUACACCAUCAUCCUCAUGGCGCUCCUCUGGUGCACCGAGGCUCUGCCCCUGGCUAUCACCGCCUUCCUCCCCACCGUCAUGUUCCCCAUGAUGGGCAUAAUGGGUGCCUCCGUGGUCAGCACUGAGUACCUUAAAGACACCAACAUCCUAUUCAUCGGGGGGAUGCUCGUGGCCCUCGCCGUGGAGCACUGGAAUCUGCACAAACGCAUUGCCCUCCGCGUGCUCCUCAUCAUCGGGGUGCGGCCCUCCCUGCUGAUCCUGGGCUUCAUGGUGGUCACGGCCUUCUUGUCUAUGUGGAUCAGCAACACGGCCACCACGGCCAUGAUGGUGCCCAUCGCCCACGCCGUUCUGGAGCAGCUGCACAAGAUGCCCAGGGGCAAGGAUGUUGAGGAGGGCGAGAACAACCCCGCCUUCGAACUCCAGGAACCGAGUCCCCAGAAGGAAGAGACCAAGCUUGAUGAGAAAGACAACAAGCAGGAUGGCCCUGCCCCGCCUGUUCCUUCGGAGCCCAAGGCACAGCAGGACGAGGAGCAGCUCCGCUUCACCCGGGGCAUGAGCCUGUGUGUGUGCUACUCGGCCAGCAUCGGGGGCAUCGCCACCCUGACUGGCACCACAACAAACCUGGUGCUGCAAGGCCAGGUCAACUCGCUCUUCCCCGAAAAUGGCAACGUGGUGAACUUCGCCUCCUGGUUUGUCUUUGCCUUCCCCACCAUGGUCAUCUUGCUGCUGCUUUCCUGGGUGUGGCUGCAGUUCCUCUUCUUAGGCUUCAACUUCCGGAAGAACUGUGGCUUGGGGGACCAGAUGAGGGAGCAAGAGCGAGCAGCCUUCGAAGUCAUCCGGAGAGAGCACAAGCUGCUGGGCCCCAUGACCUUUGCAGAAAAGGCUGUCAGCACCCUCUUCGUCUUAUUGGUGGUGCUCUGGUUCACUCGGGAGCCAGGCUUUUUCACCGGCUGGGGUAACCUGGCUUUUUCUGAUGAGGAUGGGAAAAGCAUGCCAUCCGAUGGGACAGUAGCCAUCUUAAUCGCUGUAAUUUUGUUCAUCGUGCCCUCCAAGAUCCCAGGGCUGACUCAGGAACCAGGAAAACCAGGGAAGCUGAAGGCCCCGCCUGCCCUCCUCAACUGGAAAAUAGUUAAAGAGAAGAUGCCUUGGAAUAUCGUGCUCCUUCUGGGCGGUGGCUUUGCCCUGGCCAAGGGCAGUGAGGAAUCGGGCCUGUCAAAGUGGCUGGGAGACAAGCUGACCCCGCUGGAGAGUGUGCCGCCUCCCGCCAUUGCCUUCAUCCUCUGCCUCCUGAUCGCCACCUUCACUGAGUGCACCAGCAACGUGGCCACCACCACAAUCUUCCUGCCCAUCUUGGCUUCCAUGUCUCAGGCCAUCUGCAUCCACCCCCUCUACGUCAUGCUCCCCUGCACGCUUUCCAGCUCCCUGGCCUUCAUGCUGCCUGUGGCCACCCCGCCCAACGCCAUCGCCUUCUCAUUCGGAGGCCUCAAAGUGACACACAUGGCCCAAGCAGGAUUCAUGCUCAACAUCCUCGGGGUCCUGGUCAUCACGCUGGCCAUCAACACCUGGAGCAUCCCCAUGUUCGACCUGCACAGUUUCCCCUCCUGGGCCCAGUCCAACACCACAGGCUUCUGUGGGGUCAGCCAGGCAAACAUCACAACACCUAGCCCCUAGACCACGGUAUAAUCUGGCCCAAGCCAGGAAGACCCACCUCGUUCCUAUUCCUCUGAGCUGGGAGGGGAAACCCAGGCUCCAAGCCAAACAUUGAGAGAAAGGCACAUGUAUACCUAACCUCAUGUGUGUCUUCGAGGAAGAUGUUUGUGAGCUCAGUCCUACGUGUCUGAGGAAAGUGUGUGUAUGUGUAUGUACGUGUGUGUAUGUGUGUGUGUGUGUAAAGAUGGUGUGUCAUGUGAGGAUGUUGUGCAAGGGGGGUUUGUGUGUGUGAUGAUCCUAGGUGGUGUAUGCUUGACAAUGUACACUUGUGAGGUCACAGACACGACAGCGUGCUCUGUCUGGCACUCCAGGUCUUUGUCUCCCCAGCUUGGUGGGUGACCAGACCCUUUUGUCCUCUAUUUAUUGAAACUCAGGGUUGGAGCUGCCUGGGCAGCAAAGCCUACCAGCAGUUGCCAUGGCUACAGUCUCUGGGACCAGCCCAACAUACUGAGUUCUCCCCAGCCUCUCAGGUCUGGGGGGAGGUUCAAAUAUCAGCCCCAU